CGUGAGGAAGGGAUUAAACGUCCGUCUCGAGCUGCUGUCUUUCCGUGAAAGAACUGCAGCCCCGUCGACUUUACCGGCGUCAACAACCGGAACGGCGUCCUGACGACUCGUUCGUUAACUACCCGAGCUAUUAUUGAGGGAUGAACUGAGAAUGAAUGUUAACCAGCAACCACACAUGGCCUCUCCUUAUGGGCAGCCACAGCCUGGCUAUGGGGGUGGACACGUGCCAGCGGGCUAUCCCGCCCAGUACGCUCCUUAUAAUGGUCCAGGCUCAGCUCACCAACAAGGUCCACCACAAGGAUAUUCUCCUUAUGCAAGCUUUCCCUCUAAGACUGUCGCAACAAACUUAGUCUCUGACCUGUCCUCCUCCUCUCCUCUUGAUCUAGGUAUGAGAGGACCCCCAACAUCAGGAGCACCACCUGUUACACCUGCCCAGAACUAUUCUCAGUUUGGGCAAGGAGACACUCAGAACGGCCCACCUCCGAUGGGUGCUCCACCACAGAGGCCUUCAGUGUCUCAGCCAUACACUCCAGGAGCAGUAAACCUGUCCGGUCCUCAGCCCCCAUACAACCAACAGUUCGGAGCGCUACCCAACAGCAUGCAACAGAUGACCAAUCAAAUGGCCAGCAUGCAGGUUGGAUCCACGGCUCCCUCUCCUGCUGGCCCAGGCUAUGCUCCUCCCUCUGUAUCCCACUCUCCUGUUUCUGCUGCCUACACACAUUCAGCUCCUCCCACUUUUCCACCCACAUCUGCUGCUCCCACACAUCCUCCGCCUACUGAAGGUGUGGCUCAGCCUCCCCCUCAAUCCUACUACGGAGCACCACAUUCUGCCCAGCAGUCAUUCCCAAACGCCGCUCCGGCUUACUCUGCUGCUGGCCCCACCCACCCCCAAGCCCCGCCCCCUGUCUCUCAGCAAUCCUUCCCUCAAGCUCCACCUGUCUCUCAGCCUCCUUUUUCAACAGGCCCACCUCCAGGUCCCAUUCCAGGACCCAGGACCCAUUCGUACGGUGGCCCACCUCCUGGCGCACAGGCAUCUUUCCAAAGACCUCCUCUUCCUGCCUCCCACCCCGCUGCGUUCCCAGGAGGUCCCACCUCCCACCCCGCUGCGUUCCCAGGAGGUCCCACCUCCCACCCCUCUGCGUUCCCUGGAGGUCCACCACCCACCUCUGCACCUUCUCAGAUGCCGGGGGUCAUUCCACCCCAGCCGCCAGUUUCUCAACCUACGUCUUACCACUCAGGUCCUCCCCCUACCGCAGCUGGGUUUACACCGCAAGGGGGUCCUCCACAGAGGCCUCCCCUUUCUGGAAUGCAAGCUCCCCCUCAUAUGACCUCUCAAGGUCCUCCAAUGGUACAGGCGAACCAUGUACCCCCAUCACAACCUGGCAUGCCACCUGUUCCUCCCAACGCUAGUAUGUCAGGACCGCCACCACAGCCGGGACUGCAGGCCUAUCCUCCUCAGCAAAAUGGUGCUUUCGGGCAGGUCAGAGGUCCUCAGCCUGGCUAUGCAGGGCCAUAUGCUGGGCAGCAGAACUAUGGCGCACCUUCUGCUGCGCCUGCUCCAGCACCAUCCGCUCCAAAGAGGCUCGAUCCAGAUUCAAUCCCAGGCCCGCAAGCCUCUGACAUACCGCCUGUGCAGAAAACAAGACAUAGAAUAGACCCAGACGCAAUCCCCAGUCCAAUUCAGGUUAUUGAGGAUGACAAAGCAAACAAGGGAAGUGAACCUUUUACUACAGGCGUCAGAGGUCAAGCCCCACCUCUCGUCACCACCAACUUCCAGGUUAAAGAUCAAGGGAAUUCAAGUCCACGCUACAUCCGGUGCACAGCCUACAACGUGCCCUGUAAUUCCGACAUGGCCAAGCAGUCACAGGUGCCCCUGGCUGCUGUCAUCAAACCCCUGGCCACUCUUCCCCCAGAUGAGACACCACCAUAUCUCGUGGAUCAUGGAGAAAGCGGUCCCAUCCGCUGUAAUCGCUGUAAAGCCUACAUGUGUCCGUACAUGCAGUUUAUCGAAGGCGGACGCCGUUUCCAGUGCGGCUUCUGCAGCUGCGUCACCGAGGUGCCUCCCCAUUACUUCCAGCAUCUGGAUCACACUGGGAAGAGAGUGGACUGCUAUGAGCGACCAGAGCUCUCAAUGGGAAGUUAUGAGUUUCUGGCUACUGUGGACUACUGUAAGAACAAUAAGUUUCCUCAGCCGCCAGCCUUCAUCUUCCUGAUCGAUGUGUCCUACAACGCCGUGAAGAGCGGCAUGGUGGGAAUGGUUUGCCAGGAGCUGAAGACACUCUUGGAUUACUUGCCCAGAGAGAACCCUGACAUGGAGUCGAACAUUCGAGUCGGCUUUGUCACCUACAAUAAAGUGCUUCAUUUCUAUAACGUAAAGGCCUCGCUCGCCCAGCCGCAGAUGAUGGUUGUAUCGGAUGUGGCCGAUAUGUUUGUUCCACUGUUAGAUGGUUUUCUGGUCAAUGUCCAGGAGUCAAGGGUGGUUAUUGAGAGUUUGUUGGAUCAGAUCCCUGAGAUGUUCGCAGACACGCGGGAAACAGAUACUGUGUUUGGGCCUGUCAUUCAGGCGGGGCUGGAGGCACUCAAGGCUGCAGACUGUGCUGGAAAGCUCUUUAUUUUCCACUCCUCUCUGCCGAUCGCAGAGGCUCCAGGCAAACUGAAGAACCGGGAGGAUAAGAAACUAGUGGGCACUGAUAAAGAGAAGUCACUUUUCCAGCCACAGGUUGGUUUUUACAACACUCUGGCAAAGGAAUGCGUGGCCCAGGGUUGCUGUGUGGACCUCUUCCUGUUUCCUAACCAGUAUGUUGAUGUAGCAACGUUAGGGGUAGUGCCCACUUCAACGGGUGGCUCCAUCUACAAAUACACCUACUUCCAGGCCCCGACUGACCAGGAGCGUUUCCUCAAUGACCUGAGGAGAGAUGUGCAGAAACAGAUGGGCUUCGAUGCCGUAAUGAGGGUCCGCACCAGCACAGGUAUCCGGGCGACAGACUUCUUCGGUUCCUUUUACAUGAGCAACACCACAGAUGUAGAGCUGGCAGGACUAGACUGCGACAAGACGGUUACCGUGGAGUUCAGACACGACGACAAGCUCAGCGAGGAGACCGGAGCUCUAAUGCAGUGUGCGGUUCUGUACACAAGCUGCAGCGGCCAGCGACGCCUUCUCAUCCAUAACAUGGCAGUAAACUGCUGCUCUCAGCUGGCAGAUCUGUACAGGAACUGCGAGACAGACACCAUCAUCAACUUCUUCGCCAAAUAUGCAUAUCGCAGUCUACUCAGCAGUCCCACCAAGAAUGUACGUGACAGCCUGGUGAAUCAGUGUGCACAGAUCUUGGCCUGCUACCGCAAGCACUGUGCCAGUCCAUCUUCAGCGGGACAGUUGAUUCUGCCUGAGUGCAUGAAGCUGCUGCCCGUGUAUCUGAACUGCAUGCUGAAGAGUGACGUUCUGCAGCCGGGGGCAGACGUCUCUCUGGACGAUCGUGCCUAUCUGAGACAGCUGAUCAGCACCAUGGAUGUAGCCGAGAGCCACGUGUUCUUCUACCCUCGACUGCUUCCACUGCAAAAGCUGGAUGUUGAGAGCACGACUCUACCUGUAGCCGUGAGAGACUCAGAGGAGAGACUGUCUAGAGGAGGAGUGUACCUGUUAGAGAACGGAAUGAACCUUUUCCUUUGGGUCGGGGCGAAUGCCCAACAAGAGUUGCUUCAGAAUAUCUUCGGAAUGCCUUCAUUCAACCAUAUAGACCCCAGCAUGACGUCUCUGCCGGCUUUGGAUAAUCCUUUUUCAAAGAGACUGAGGGAGAUUAUCGAGACCAUCAGGACACAGCGCUCACGAUACAUGAAGCUCAUGGUGGUGAAACAGGAAGACAAACUGGAGCUGAUCUUCAAGCACUUCCUGGUGGAAGAUAAGAGCAACAACGGCGGGGCCUCUUAUGUGGACUUCCUGUGUCACAUGCACAAGGAGAUUCGGCAGCUCCUGAGCUAGGACCGCCACGUCCUCCUUCCCUGGCUCUCUUCUGAGAAGCGCUUUAUCUUUUUAUUUUACAUAAUAGACACCUUUGCCCAUCAUCUCCUCUUCCUCAAAUAUAAUCUCGCCCACCCACCGUGACUCAUACGGAGGAAGCCUUAUACCCUUACAGGAUAUAUUGCUCCAUCAGAUUAUGGUGUUCUUUUGGUUUUAGUGAUGGGAGUUUUGGCCCGAUCUUCUCUUCUCUGUUUGAGACUGUGCAUCUAUGAGCAUGUGGUCGGAAGGGAGGAAUUGCGUUUAGUUGCCCACCCUUCCAGUCCACAUCUGAUUUGGGAUCAGUUUGUGAAGCCUCAAUUAGAGUGUGUGAAAUUAACACUGUCCUCUACUGGGUUUUAGAGCGCAUGUGCGCAUGAUGGUUGACUGUGAACGUCGAUGUUGAUUGUACUGGGUGUUCUGUAAGAAACGCUAGCACUGAUUCAUGGUCUCUAGGUACAGGGAGACAGAAUAAUUAAGCGUGUUAGAAAUGAAUCUAGACCUUCUCAAUACAGUAAAAUGAAAUUCCAGUAUGAAUACAUUUUAGAAUCAAUUUGCUUUCUUUAUCCGAUUCUGUGUUCAGCUUGUCUUUGAUAGAUUAUCUCUUAACCUUGGCCUUACCGAUGCAGUCUUUAUUUUCUCAUCCAUAAUUCUGUUUAUCAUGUCAAAUUUGUUUUCUUCUGUGGUCACCAUUAUUCAUUUUGUAAAUGUGUGCAAAUACCCUUGCCUAAUAGACUCUGUGGGAUUUUGAAGUGUGCUGUCUUUUACUCUUUCAAAAUAAAAGUCUAUGCAUCAGCUUAUCCUUGAAAAUAGGGAAGGCAGUAUACAAGCCUGCCGACUAAAUGAAACGGAAGCCGAAUUUAUUUGUACCCUUUUAUGCUUAGCGUCGCCACCUGCCUCCAUAAGCAUUAUCACUCCAUAACAGUGUCACUUCUACAUCCUGAAUUUUCCCAUUGCGGAGAGGGUACGGAUCACCUUCAGAUGCCUCUCUAACAGGGAGAUGAAUUUCAGAUGAGCUUGUUAGGAGAAUGGUGGCGAUUUCUCAACAGAUGGUUCAUUAAUUGGGCAUAUAUUAUAGAAGCACUGACGAAUGCUUCAGGCAUUCAUUCGGUUCCCUGUUAAAAAAAAUCUUCUUUUCCUGCUAGUAACCUGUUCUACAAAUGUGCUCAAUCAUGUAUCUUUUAUGAUUUAAUGUUAUGUUUAAAUCUGUUUGGAAGGUUUGUAAUCCUGGGCUAUGUGGUGUCUCACGGCUGAGAUCUCCUGCUCAGGGUUUGUAGGGUAUUAAUCUUUGUGCAAUUGAAGCCUUGUGCUAAGACUCGAGUGUGGGACUCUGGGAAACUGACCAUUUCUAACAGUUUUCCAAAGCGAACGUUUUCAAGCACAUGCAGAGUUGUGACCUUAAAAGCAAUCAACACUGAAUUCCUUGUCAUCACAUUUAUUACAUGUACAGAAUUAAAAAUCACAUUUUAAAAAUGA